GCGGCGCAAUGGGCGUGUGUUGCAAGAGGUCAGCAACGAGACCAGCCUGGUGCCGCGCCUGGUCUGCGUCUCCCGCCGUCCCGAGCCCACGGAAUUGCAUGCCUGGGAUUUCAUCCUCAAGAAUUUUCAGUAAGGGCGAGAAUUUCAGCCGGUCACCGAUGCGGCGCCUGGCUGACAGCUUCCAGCUGUCCAGCGUGGGCAGCCCACAUAUCAGCCAGCCGGAAGCGUUCCGGGCCAGCAUCGCCGACAUCCUGCACGUCCACGGGAAUCUGCAGCGCACUCCGCUGAUGCGCAUGAACACUUGCGUCAAAAUUGGAACAGCCUUGCCAGACGGUGGACAAUUUCCGCCCCUUGGACUUCCACUGGCUUCUCGACUUGGCCGUCCGCCCCUUCCCCGCGCUGGCCAGGGCAGGCUAGCCGCACUGUUUCGCGCUGUCGGAUCUUUUCGCCCUGGACCAUGUUUCCCUCGUGUCUUCCGAUCAGAAUGUGAUUUUUAUACCGAGUAUUAAACUGUCAAGCGCCAGUUUUUCUGCGACUGAUCCGUGCCGGGCUGUCAGUUCAGAGGCCGAUGAUUUUGUCUAGCAAGUAGUUUAUUUUAUUUAUUAGUAAAUUAUUAUAUUUAUAGAUUAUAGAAGUUUAUUAGAAAUCUCUUGAUUACUGCGGGCGCCGUUUUUGUGCCCUGUUGGGCCGGUGUGAUGGUGAUACUGAUUAUUGCCUGGGGAGCUUUUUUUGGUGCCGAUCAGGGAUCUUUUAGUGAUAACAUUUAGUACCGUUUGA